UCUCCCCGCACGUCAGAACAUGGCAACUCUUUAAACCUUUCCGCCACACGGGAGGAGGCUGCAGACCGCCUCGGUCCUGUGAAGCGUUCACAGGUUCUCCUGCUGCUGCUCUCCGGUUCGAACCGCCGUAUUUACACCGUCAGCGCGGUUGAUACCGCACAGCGUCUCAUUUAAGAACUUCCGGUGAGAAUUUGACACCUGGGAAGAGUGGGACGAGAUAAUUACUGCUCCUUUCUCCCACCAGCGCGGUUUUAACAGAGAACUUCCAGAGGCAUCAUGCAAGUUUACGUGGCUGUGAUAUUCGCUUAUGGAGUGUCUGCACUCAAUACCACAGAGGAGAAGGGUACAUGCCCACUUGGAUAUUUUCCCUGUGGCAAUCUGACAGUCUGCCUCCCGCAGCUCCUGCACUGCAACGGCAUUGAUGACUGUGGAAACCAGGCAGAUGAGGAGAACUGCGGAGACAACAAUGGAUGGCCGCACCUUUUUGACAAAUAUUUUGGCAUGCCGAGUCAUAAUACCAGGACCAAGUCCAACAUAUGCUUGCUGGGCGUCGUUCCUGAGCUCUGCCAGUGCCGAGACCUGGAGCUGGACUGUGACAGCGCUCAGCUCCGAGAGAUCCCCAUAGUGGCGAUAAAUGUCACCGUUAUGUCCUUACAAAGAAACAGGCUUCACAGACUGAAAGCAAAAGGAUUCUUUAACUACCAAAGCCUUCAGAAACUAUAUCUACAGCACAACAAUAUUCAAGAUGUGAAUCCUGAUGCAUUCAGAGGGCUUCAUAAUCUAACAAGACUGUACCUGAGUUACAACAAGAUAAUAGUAUUGAUGCCAGGAGUGUUCAAGGACCUGCACAAGCUGGAGUGGCUGAUCCUGGAAAACAAUAAUAUCCAUCAGAUAUCUACCAUGACAUUUUCAGGACUUAACUCCCUUGUUUUACUGGUUUUGUUGAACAACUCCCUGACAAAGUUGGAUGACAUCUGCCAGGAAAUGCCCAGACUGAACUGGUUGGACUUGGAGGGAAAUCUAAUUGAAAAAAUUGGAAAUGCUUCUCUCCAUUCAUGCACCAUGUUGACAGUUCUGGUGUUGCAGCGAAACAGGAUCAGCUACAUACACGAACAAGCAUUCUCAGUCCUCCAAAAGCUCGGAGAAUUGGAUCUGUCCAACAACAGACUGGUGGCCAUACCUCCCAAUCUAUUUGUCUUACUGGAGGAUUUGCUCCAACUAAACAUAUCCUACAAUCCCAUCGUGGAGCUUCAAAUGGAUCACUUUGACAAGUUACAUAAACUGAAGUCUUUGAGCAUAGAGGGAAUAGAAAUUGAUAACAUACAGCGAAGGAUGUUUGAACCUCUCAGAUACUUGACUCACAUCUAUUUCAAGAAGUUCCAGUACUGCGGCUAUGCCCCUCACGUGCGCAGCUGCAAGCCCAACACAGAUGGCAUCUCGUCUUUUGAGGACCUGCUGGCCAACAUCGUCCUGAGGGUUUUUGUCUGGGUUGUCUCUGCCACCACAUGCUUUGGCAACAUCUUUGUCAUCUGCAUGCGCUCGUAUAUCCGCUCUGAGAACAAACUCCACGCCAUGUGCAUCAUCUCCCUCUGCUGUGCUGAUGGCCUGAUGGGUAUUUAUCUCUUCAUGAUUGGUGCGUAUGACCUGAAGUUUCGUGGCGAAUAUAAUCGUCAUGCUCAAGCCUGGAUGGACAGCUCUCAGUGUCAGGUCAUUGGCUCUUUGGCUAUGCUGUCUACCGAAGUGUCCGUGCUGCUCCUCACGUAUCUCACCUUGGAGAAGUACAUCUGUAUUGUUUACCCUUUCCACUACCUGACUCCCGGCUGGCGACGGACUGUCAGUAUCCUGUUCGGGAUAUGGGUGUUUGGAUUUGUCAUCGCCUUUUUGCCUCUGGCCUGCAAGGGUUUAUUUCGCAACUUUUAUGGCACCAAUGGAGUCUGCUUCCCUUUGCACUCGGAACAGCCAGAGACGCCCUGGGCGCAUGUGUACUCCAUUGUUAUUUUUCUUGGUCUCAACUUGGUGGCAUUCCUCAUAAUUGUCUUCUCCUAUGCAAGCAUGUUCUAUAACAUCCAGAGAACAGGCACUCAGACCACCAAGUACAGCAACCACAUAAAAAAAGAGGUGACCAUCGCCAAGCGGUUCUUCUCUAUCGUCAUCACUGAUUCCCUCUGCUGGAUCCCCAUUUUUGUUCUCAAGAUCCUUUCACUGCUGCAAGUGGAAAUUCCCGGUACCAUCAGUUCCUGGGUCGUCAUCUUUAUUCUCCCCAUCAACAGUGCCCUGAACCCCAUCCUCUACACGCUAACCACGCGGCCUUUCAAAGAAACAAUCCUCCAGGUGUGGGCAAACUACAGACAGAAAAGGCCCCUGCUCAGCGGUCACCCACCACAUCAUCCGUCGCUCACCUGGCAGGAAAUGUGGCCCCUCCAGGAAAACAGCCAUGGCGUCUCCCCAGGGUGUCCGCUGGAGGCGAAAGACACAGCAGCCAAACUUACCCCCGUGGAGAACCCGGAUGAAGGAUACAAUGACUUUAAUGCGAGCACGAAACAACAACAGCAGAAGCAGCAUGCCGUGUUAUCGGUGUGCUCGCAGAAUAAGACGGUACCCCAAACACUCACACAUAUUCACACCUUCACACAAACAAAUGACCUCCUCUGAGUGACUAAGAAUUGAUCUGUUUGUAUGUCUGUAUAAUUCUCCUCAACCACAUUAACAUUUCAGGUCCAUUCAUCUAAACUCUUUUAAUUAUUCCCUUAACAAUGGAACUUAGGCCACAAUCUGUGCACAGAUUUCUCAUUUAAAGUGAAAAACCAUGCCAGUAGUAUCCAUGAUGCUUAGCAGUAAACACAGUUAUCAAAGAUUUACAACUACCUUGUUAAACAUUUUAUUCUGCAUUUUCUCUAGAACUCACCUCACUUACAAAUCAUAGAUGAAGACUUCUGAAUUACAAGUUUGUUUUUUUAAAUACAAGUUAGAUUCAUUUCUGUAAAUGAGAAUGUAAUUGAAAAGUUUAUUUAUCUCAGCAAUUUAAUAUAGAAUAAGAAAGUCAUGCAAAUUAAUCACAGUGUAUUUCAAGCAAUUUUUUGAUACUAUUUAUUUAAUCAUUCCUUACAGCUAAUAAUAAUCCAAAAUGUAGUUUCUGAGAAAGUCACUCGACACCAAUAAAAAAAGGAUUUUAAAUACAUAAUCUAAUGUUACAGGCAAAAAAUAAUGAAGAACACUUGUCCCUGACAUUUGCCCAGCAGACAGUGUUGACUUCCUCCACAAGGAUAAGCUGCUAAAUGUCAUUGCUAAUAAAGCUAGCUUUAUCAAGUGCUGAAUAUAAGCAAAUUAAUGCAAAAGGAACCUCAACCAAGCAUUGUGUGUAUAAACUUUACAGUACAUGAACAUACUUUUCAGUUAUCCAACUUAAAACAUUUAUUUAAACAUGCAGGACUUUGAUAAAGAGGAUUAUGGAGAAUUGGAACAGCGGAAGUAAGAGGGACUUAAUUUCAUAUUAGUUGCUUCCCAAAACUGCUUAUUCCCCAGAGUUCUUCUAAAAAUUCAAAUAUUUUUACAAUUAAAUGAGAGAAAUGGUGAGCUCAUUACAGCAGUUUGGCAGGAAUCAUUAUCGCACCAUAUUCCAACUAAGUAAAGUGACUGGUUAUGAUGCCAGUGAUGCAUUGAGUCUCUGUGUAAUGGCUUAAAGGCUUCACAGAAGCGUUUCUGUUUAUUGUCGCUGUGCUUUGCUGUAUAACAGAUUAGUGAUUCAGAAGUAGCUCCCAUUCCCUGCUGUAGCCUCUGGUUCUGGUGGUGCAGCUUUUGUUGACUGCAGCAGCACACAGAUAGAGAGAUGUGUAGCAGAAUAAUUAGGCUGUUAAGAUGCUUUCUGUUUCUCAUUACCUACUCCUAUGGGUUCUUGACUUGCAAAAAGAAAGAAAAAGGAAUGAAUAAUAAUAAUGUGCCUCGGUUUUCCUUAACAUCUAAUCGAGAUGUCUCACCGUCUGAUGAACAUAAGGUCUGAGUUUCUUUAUUUAAUUUCCAAACGGUUAAACAGUCAACUCAGACGGAAUGUUCUCCAUCUCUAUGUCUCCAUCUUUGUUUUGAUAUUUCUUUAUUCUUAUUUAUGUUCUGACUCCAAACAUUUGCACCCAACACCCAAACUAAGUCUACAAGAUACACAUUUACUGUGUCUGAGGUUGCAUAGCUGUUCGACCAGUUAGGGUACCUGCAGUGAUCCCUGUCACUGCUGACAGCACCAACAUGUAGACUCAUGAGUAUCAGAACUGGAUUAUGGAGCAAUGAAAGAUGAUGUCCUGGUCUGAUGAAUUAUGUUUUCUCAUCAUCAGCCAUCAGAGGAGACUUUGUUGUCUUAUCCAUGCAUUGGAACAUCAAGCGUCUUAUAUUUGGCAGUGGCUGUAUGCUGCGUUUUGGGGCGCUUGUAGUCAAAUUCAAUUUUUUCUGAAAUUGUAAUGUGCAAUUUUAAUUCCAAUGACAACUAGUGCUGCCUGCUUUGUCCAGGUUAUACUAAAGCAAUUGUGAUGGCAUCAACUCCCAAAGAUGGUGAUAAUGCUAUGCCUCAUUGAUGUAGAAAAAUCCAUUUUAUGAACGGACAUUUUAAGCUUCUGCAGCUGAGAAGGCCAUUACCAGACUUUAACAAUUAGUUCUGUAAAACCUGUCCUGUGAGAUUUCCCUCCAUUAGUUUAAGCACUCAGACAGAGAAGUUACGCACUUCAGGAUUAUUGUAGCAUACUCCAAUUACAUCCACUGUCUCAGUCUUGGGUAAAAAUGGAAGCAAGAUGGAGUGAUGCUAAAUUUUAAACCCUUCUGUUUAUCUAAAAUAAGUUUCCUGGAGACACAGAGGAGGAUUUGUUGGUGCGAAUGUGAGAAGCAUACAAAUAAGCUGAUGUUUAGCUUUAAGGCAACCUGUGUGAUUAUUCCAAGCAUGUACAUGUGCCACUGCUUUUCAUGCACAAGUGGGUCCCCCUCACAUCAGCAGAGUUUAUGUUGCUCCACAAGUGGGUUUGUGAAUCACUGUGGAUGUAAAAAAUCCGUUUCAUUUCAUAGAUGUUAAUUUUUUCUGCCAUCUUUUGUGGCUGCACUCUAUUUCUUCAAGAUGAGACAUUUCCCUUGAAUUCACUGAUGUAAAAAUUGACCUGUUUUUUUCUUAGUGUGUGGAAACACUUUUUCUGCUCCCAGCAGGAAGCCUGAGCAAAGACAGGCACCCUGGCUUCACACACAUGAAAGGUCACCUGAAGAGGAAGUACAGCAAAUAGAUUUUCAGUGUCAUUAUUGCAAAAGCAGGGCAGCUAAACUUGUUUGCUGGAAGAGCCACUGUGAUGACAGCUAUAUUCCACCUGCUGUUAUCUAACAGAAAAUAUAUAAUUAAAUAAAUUAUUUGCUGAAUGGAUGACAUUUUUGCUGCCUCGGGUUGCUACAUGUCUGCUGCAUUCCUAUUUUAUGUAGGAUUUGGUAAUUGCGAAGGUACUGGAUUGUUUUACAUACAUUUACUCUAAACAGAAGUGACUUUUUGUCCUGGAGAUGGAAAGUUCUGAUGUCAGUCUUCCAUCCAGACAUUUAAUGUAGCAACAGCCCAAGGUUGACAUUCCUGACUGUUUCUGAAACAUUUUGAGAAUAACACAUUCUCCAAACCUGUGCUGAUGAUUGAAAAACCCACAGUGCCAUCCGCACAGCUGAAGGCUCUUGGCCGUCUAAGUCUGUGCUUUUAACUGUUCAUCUUACAUUUCAAACCUGUCAGAUACUCUGAGAGCAGUUCUGACAGCUCCUGCUCAUCAGCUGAAUACAUGGAGGAAGAACCAGAAAGGCCAUUCAUUUGUCCAUAUUUGAAAAACUUGCUCCCCAUGGUUUAGUCCCUUAUAAAACUACCUUAAGCAUCAAGAAGUCAGAAACACUUUUAAUUUAUGACUUUUACGCUUUCUUAUAAUAUAUUAGAUGAAAUCUAUUUUUUUUCUUUAUAAUGUUACUAAAGUCACUGAAGUUUGCAAACAUUUGAUUCUGUGCAGCUUCUUUUAGGUUCCACAGCUCCUUAGUUGUUUUCAUUUACAGCCUUUCAUGGUUAUGUUUGCUUUUAUAAUUGAGAUUAUUCUCCAGUUUCAUGACUGCAUUUCCGCCAAACUGUCGAAGAGAGAUGGCCUUAGAUUUGACCCAUACAGUGGAGCUCCUAGUCAACUCAGGCUCUGUCCACACUAAUCAGUAUUUUGGGUUAAAUUUUAAAAAAUGUCUUUGUUUAGAUCUUCUGUCUGCACAUAACCAGAAUUAAACCAUCAACUCUUUUUGCGUUAUGAGCUGUUCUGUGUCUGAUAACCUGAGCAGGGAGUACUCCGGCUCUCGCCCCAUGACGGAUAGACAGGCAGAAUCUGCCCCGUGAUCCUGCAUGUUUAUGAUGCAUAAACCUAUUCAAAAGCAUGACAUAGAGGCCAACUUAACACAAGCCUGCUCUUGCUUUCUCUGCUAAAAAUCACUACAGUGUUUUUAGGUUAUCUUCCCACUUCUGUUUUGCUUUGGCCUGACUGUUUAUUUGAAUGAAAAGUGAAUGACUGAGAGGAAAACAUGGAAGAGAGUCAAAGAGAAGACAACAUAUACGUUGCAGAAGAGUCCAUAGUUCAUCUCUGAUUUUAUCCAUCCCCAGGAUCUUCUUCAUUUGAAAUGAAAUGCAGUUAAUGAGGACAUUAUUGCUCUCUGACUCAGUUUAGGUAUUAAUGCCAUAAAACUACAACUGUAAGCACUUAUGAAAGGGUUCCAAGUCCCUGGGCCUGCCCCUUCUAGCCCAUUAUGUCAGGUGCCUCAUCAACCCAUCAUGCAACAAGUAUGUAAUAAUACUGCCAACUUCCUUACAGAUACAUUCAGACCUUAAUUACAAUGUAAUAUUGCUAUUUAACAGUAUUCUAGGAAAGCUCAAAAAUCAAUUAAAAAUCAAAAGUUUCUCCUAAACUUCUCAAGAUAUUCCUAAAGAAAAAGAGUGAUAUGCAGUUAUCAUGUUCUAAGACAAAUGACUUUAUAAAAAUGAAAAUAAUUCCAAUUUUUAAAGAAAAAAAAACAUUCAAUCUAAGCUCACUGAUACAUUAAAAAAAUUCUCAAAAUAUUUUCAGAGGACCAUGUCUAUCUACUACAAAGCAAAUAAAAUAUUGCUCUGAAAUUGUUGUGGUUCACUUAAAUGUAACUUUGCAAACAUAACUGGUGCUGCCGCAGUAUUUUAAAAGAAGAGAGACGCUUUGCCUAAGCCAUUUUCAAAACGUCGAGCUUGUUUUUUAUGGGAUAUCCACUCCUGGAAAGGUUAGCAAUUGUAUGUUUCUGCUUGUGAGUGAUAUUUUACUGCAUUAUGUCAUUCCAGUAGUUUAGAAAUGCCUUUAAAACCUUUCCCAGAUAGAUAGGAAGCAGGAACGGCUCCUCUAAGAUCCUUGCUGAUGUUUUUCCAUAUUACCUGUUUGCUCCAGAAUAGUAAAAGUUCUGCUCUUAUCAGGACAUGUGACUACAUGUCCUGAUGAUCAAUUAAUAAACUGGCUGCAACUUUCUUUUAAAAUGUAAGAAGUAGGAAUAUAUUUAUAUUUACAAACACCUUCUUAUUUUGGUUUUAUCUUUGUUUAAUAACGAAUUCGACGAUGGAAUCGUACAUUUGAAGUCACAGUUAAUUCAUUUCAGAACCUUUAAAGAUCAGAUCAUUUGUGUGUCCUGAUAAUAAAAACUGCAAGACCUAAAAAUGGCGGCUGCUCUGUUUUCUCUGCUAUGACUGUAUUAUAUCUACAUCAUUAAUCAGAAUUGUGCUGAGCUUGUUAGGUAUGUUUUAUCCAGUAUUUAUAUUAUUUUUCUACCUAAUCCUGCUAUGAAAGAACUAAUCUAGAGCUCACAUUUACCCAAAACCUGACAAAACAAUAAUUUGCACCUCUUCCAAUUCUGCUCAGCACACAUGCACACUUAGGGUGUCCAAUCACAGCUGCAACACUGAUAUACUAUGGUUAUUAUUGUUUUUAUUUGGAGUGCACCUUAUCAGUCAAUAGGAAAUCAUAUCUUCACAUGUUGACCAUGCAUUUUAUAUUUAUGUCAGCAAGCCAUCCAACAAACAGUACUAACAACACACCUCUGCCAGGCUGAGAAUAAAGAAUCUCAUUAUUUUCUAUCCUGCAACUCUGUUGGGUGUUAUAAAUAAAACAAAAGUCACAGCAGUUUGUGUUCAUCUGCUGCUGUUCAUUGUUUACCUUUAAAGCUGGGUCAAACAGGCAGAUAUACUGAAAAUUGGUAGGAAAAUCAAAGCGCAUCUCCCUUUAUGAUGUGCAAUCUAAAAAUGUUAUUUGUGGCAUCAAAAAAAAAGAAGAAAAUUGGGAUUUUUUAUUAUUUUCAGUUUGUAUUGAGGAAUGUUGUGCUUUUGUCUGAUUCCCGGUGUAUUUGUCACACUUUUAAUGCAAAAAAAGAUUUUUUUUCUUUUAAUGAAAUGAUCCCGUUUAUGGCUAAGAUAAACAUGCUUAUAUGUUUCACACAUUUUGUACUGUAUAUAUGAACAGACUCUGUCCUUUGAGUUUUUGCUGUUUAUUCAUGUCUUUUAUGGCUGUCUCGGUGUUUUGAAUAAUCAUAACUACAGAUGUUCAUUCUGUUACAAACAAAUGUUUAGAAAUUGCAAGUGGACAUGCGUCAAUGAUUCAUUAAAAAAUUAUGCUUAGUUUGACAAUUAGAUUCUUCAAUCAGUCUCUGAAAAGUACUAUCAAACAACUGAAAGGGUAAAUCACUCAGUCAAGUUCCCUUUUCAGAAUGAACCGGCUCUCCACAAUGCAUUUCAUUCUCAAUUUUAGAGAAAUAAGAAAAACAUUUCAAAGACUUUCUAAAAAAUAAUCAAUGCAGCCAUUUCUAAUAUUUUAUGCUCAGUUUGCAGAAAGCUGUGUUUCUCCUUUCAUGCUAUUACUUACUGGAAGUAUUUUCCUGAAUGUAAUAUAACAGUCUCUGUGUGUUCAACAAGGAAUGUAUUUAUUUUGGACAGGAAUGAAAUUAAUAAGUUUUAUGUGCCAAUUGUUGCAACACAGGAAGCAUUUUUUUACAUCCUGUUAAGAUAAACCCCCAGCUGGUCUGGGGGUUCGAACCUCGUCUCACAAACCCCAACAUCACAACACAUUUUUUACACUGUGAAGUAACAUACUGGCAUUUGUAAAAUAACUAGUGCUGUAAAAUAAAAUACAGUUGUGAACUCCUAA